AUGGGAAACAGAAAUGGUGUUGUAGAUGCGACACGCGAGAGAAGAGCCGUUGCGAUGGCUAAGCUAAAAUCGUUGCCAAGAACUAAGUACGCGCUUAAUAUCGGCUACGAAUUCACAAAAUUAUACUACUCUAUGUUGCGUACUACACCAGAGUACGCCAAUGAAUUUUAUGAUACACACGGCAAGUUCCGAACGGUGUUUGAAGACGGGUUGACCAUCGUCGUCAGUACCCGGUUACAGGUAAAGCGUAUUUUAAUGCGACCUUUGUCCGCGUGCGACUAUAAAGAUGAAUCGAUUAUUCUGAUACCAUGUGGAUCGUCUGGAAGCCUGAUGGUUAUGGUGUUCGGUAAGCGUUUUACGCAAAGUUUCCUCUUGGAGUACCGUCCAAAAAUGAAGUUGGGUUACGCCAUUGUGAUGUCCGUAACACUAUAUAUUUCUAAAGGACCAGUCACCUACAACCAGACGCCACCAACAACAUUCGUUGGUGGUGACAGAAAGGUUAUCAAAGGCGCCGAAAAAUCUAUCAAAACGUCUAUCCUUAGAAAACCAGUUUACUCUAUUUCCGCUAUCAUAAAUUCAGUUUUCGACCACGCCGCCAUAGUCACAAGAAGAAGGGUAAUAUCUUCCAAACUUCCGCCCAUUAACGAGCCCGAUACUGCCACUAAAAUGACGCCCAUCCUAAAACGCGCCCCUAAAAAAACCGCUUCCGAGAAUAUAGAACCCAAAUUUGGCAUUGACAACAAGAAAGUUGUAAAAAAUAUAAUUAAUUUAGUUCUCCUUUCUGCUGCCUGUUGGGCUGCGUAUAGAUACUUGAAAUAA